CAGUUAUUUUGAUAUGCCUUUUACUAAGUUCAUUCAUUUCUUUUUUUUUUUUUAAGAUUUUAUUUAUGUAUUUGACAGAGAGAGACACAGCAAGAGAGGGAACACAAGCAGGGGGAGUGGGAGAGGGAGAAGCAGUCUUCCCGCGGAGCAGGGAGCCCCAUGCGGGGCUCGAUUCCAGGACCCUGGGACCAUGACCUGAGCGGAAGGCAGACGCUUGACGACUGAGCCACCCAGGCGACCCAAGUUCAUUCAUUUCUCACCCCUCCUGACCACUCUUUUAAAAGUUCCUCUCUUUCCCUCUUUAAGUUCUACUUUAUUUUGCAAAUAUGUUUUGCCUCCUGAAUAUUUUGGAAUACUUAAACGACCCUCAAGAGCCGGCCCAAGAACGGUAAGAAGACCCUAGGAGAGCCCAUCUCUUCUCCAGAGGUUCGUUUGCCAGCGCCGACCUUCGAUUAGGCUCGUCGGCGGAGGUCGGCUACAUUCUUGGGGAUCGGAGCCCAAGCCGGGGGAUCCGGCCCUGUCCUGGCUCUCCCGUCGCCUUAUGACAUCACAGCGCCAUGACUGAGGUUCAAGUCCAGCGUGGCUCCGGGCUUCCAGGCCCCAACUGUCGAAGGCUUUCAGUGGGAGAGAGCCGGGACUGGAGCAGGCCACACGACUAGGUCCCUGCCACUAUGCCCACAACUCGGUGCUUCCAGUCCGGUCCCAUGAUCCAGCGAAGGCAGGUGAAGAGAUGCGCGCUGGCACAAAAACACCCGCGAGCGAGGAGCUCCCCACCACUUCCCAGCAGCACCAGCGGGGUCUUCCGGGUGGACCCCUACCUUUGCUGAUUGGUUGGAGGUUGCUACCACGUGACCCAGAAACGACUUCGGGCGCUGCUUUCCCCGCCUCUGUUGUCCCCCUCCCCACUCCAAGGUCGCGGGAGGGGGAGGGCCGGUUUCCUAGGCAACCCGAGCUGGUAGCGUAUACACACCAGGCCCCGGAUUAGAGAGGGUGUCGUGCCCGCUGUUGCAAGACAGGGAUUGAGAGGUCGGAGUGGACUCUGGUCUGUCUCGGAUUGCCCUGGAAUCCAUCAUCUUUCUGGGAUAAGAUAUAUUAUUAUGACCUUUAUUUUUAAUGGAAGAUGAUUGAAUGUGAAAACCUAAACCAAGAAGAAAUAAUUAAGGAACUGUGUUUAUGCAAUGGUUUGUCUUAUGAGAUGAUUGGACAAGAAGGAUCAGAUGCUUCUAAACUGGAGAUGUUUUUCUCAGGUUAUCCCCGUAUAGUUGGAUUAUCAUUAUUUCCUAAUUUAACAAGUCUCACAAUUGUUGCUCAAGAUAUAAAAGAAAUUUCAGGGCUAGAAACUUGUUUACGGCUUAAAGAACUCUGGAUUGCCGAAUGCUGCAUAGAGAAAAUUGGAGGUCUUCAAGAAUGUAGAAAUUUAGAAAAACUGUAUUUAUAUUAUAAUAAAAUUUCCAAAAUAGAAAAUUUAGAGAAAUUAUUCAGAUUGGAGGUUCUCUGGCUGAAUCACAAUACAAUUAAAAAUAUUGAGGGCUUGCAAACUUUGAAGAAUUUAAAUGACCUUAACCUUGCUGGAAAUCUAAUAAGCAGCAUUGGUCGAUGUCUUGAUCCCAAUGAACAACUGGAAAGAUUAAACCUUUCUGGUAACCAAAUAUGUUCUUUCAAGGACCUCACUAACUUAACCAGGCUGCGUUGCUUAAAGGAUUUAUGUCUGAAUGAUCCUCAAUAUAAGACCAAUCCAGUUUGUCUGCUGUGUAAUUAUUCCACACAUGUAUUGUAUCACUUGCCUAGCCUUCAAAGACUUGACACGUUUGAUGUGUCAGCAAAACAGAUCAAGGAACUGGCAGAUACCACAGCAAUGAAAAAAAUAAUGUAUUACAAUAUGCGUAUAAAAACUGUUCAGAGACAUCUUAAUGAAGACCUUGAAAAACUGAAUGAUCGAAAAUGCAAAUUACAGAAGUUGCCAGAAGAACAAAUAAAAUUAUUUAGCUUUGUGAAAAAAAAUCUGGAACGGGAACUUGCUGAACUCAAGGGAUCUGGCAAAGGGCACAAUGAUAGAUCCAGUAACAACAAAGUAACUGAACUUGAAAAAUCAAAGAACUGUGAAACUAUCACAGAAGAACCAAAUCUUCAACAGAAGAUACUGACCAAACUAAAUGCCUUGAAUGAAAGGGUAACAUUCUGGAACAAAAAACUAGAUGAAAUUGAAGCAAUUUAUCGUGUUGAAGUAAAGCAAAAGAAGAAAAGUCAUGGAUUAUUGAUCCCAUUUUUGUUAAUUGAGUUGGAGACUGUGGGAAAUAUCCACUUUGAAGAAGGCACUCGAUCUGAUGACUGGUUUAACUCCUGCUAUGAAUUAAUUCUCUCACGUUUUUGUACAUGGGACUUCAGAACAUAUGGAAUUACAGGAGUGAAAGUAAAACGUGUCAUCAAAGUCAACAACCGCAUUCUGAGACUAAAAUUUGAAGAGAAAUUCCAAAAGUUUUUUGACAAUGAAGAUAAUCAUGAUUCAGAGAGCUAUCGAAAGAUGCUGGAAUGUCUUUUUUAUGUUUUUGAUCCUGAAGUUACAGUGAAGAAAAAGCAUCUGCUACAAAUACUUGAAAAAGGAUUCAAAGAAAGUGAAACAAACAAGCUGCCCCUCAGAAAAGAAGCUGUGAUUCUUGCUAACAGCCUCAGUAUGUGUGAGUGUCCCAGAAUUGAAUUUUUACAGCAAAAGUACAAAGACGAGAAGAAGAACUGUCUUGAGAAUGAGCUCUUCAGGCAUGGCAUCCUCCUCAUUACAAAGGUCUUCCUUGGCCAGAGUGUUCAGGCUCGUGCACAGGACUCCAUCAAUCAAGCUAACUAUCCAAUGGUUAAUUCAGUGUUCGUUCCUCAAAAAUACAUACUAAAUUCUGUCAUGGGACAAAGAAACUGUGAUUGCAGCGUUCGGCAGUGCAAGUGGUUUGUCUUUGAUCAUGACCUUGUUUUGCCAGAAUACAUUGUUGAAUUUGAGUAUAUUACAGUGGUCAAGGCUCGCUCCUUAUUUUCUUCAUUCAACAAUGUUAUUCUAGAAGAAAGCAAAAAAAACUCAGAAGGAUCAGUAUUGUCCCAGGAUUUGAAAUUUGAUGAUGAAGUUAUAAAAAUGGAUCCCAGGAUCAAGCCCAGACCAAAACUUAUUAGUUUGGAUGAUAAAACAAUACUUUCUCUUGCCAAGACUAGCAUUUACAGUCAUAUUGUGAGUCUGAAUCUCCAUGGAAACAGCUUGAGUAAAUUGAGAGAUCUCUCCAAGUUAACAGGACUUCGAAAACUUAAUAUCAGCUUUAAUGAAUUUACUUGUUUAGAUGAUGUAUACCACCUGUAUAACCUUGAAUAUUUGGAUGCAAGCCAUAACCAUGUGAUAACCCUGGAGGGAUUUAGAGGUCUGAUGAAACUGAAGCACUUAGACUUGAGCUGGAAUCAACUGAAAAAAUCUGGCGAUGAAAUAAAUAUGUUAUGCAAACACACCACAAGCCUUCUUACUCUUGAUAUUAGGCAUAAUCCAUGGCAAAAGCCAGCCACAUUAAGGCUGAGUGUUAUUGGCAGAUUAAAGACUCUCACUCAUUUAGAUGGACUCUUCAUUUCUAAAGAAGAAGCAACAGCAGCUAUGAAAUUUAUUACUGGAACAAAGAUUACUCAGUUAUCUCUCUUACGGCAUUCUGGUACUAAAGAGGAGAGACCACGGAUACUUAGUAUAUGGCCUUCUGCCAAAAUUCUGACACAGAUUUCAAAGUUAGGACCACAUUUAUAUCUGAGCGGAAACUGGUACUUGAAGAUAACUGCUCUAAAUUUAGAUGGGCAACAUCUCUUUGAAAUUACAAAUUUAGAAAAAUUAGAAAAUUUGAAAUGGGCAUCAUUCAGCAACAAUAAUCUCACUAAAAUGGGAGGCUUGGAAUCCUGUGUUAACUUGGAAGAGCUCACAUUAGACGGAAACUGUAUCUCAAAGAUAGAAGGCAUUUCCAAGCUGACUAAAUUAACUCGCCUCAGCAUAAAUAAUAAUCUUCUAACUGGUUUGGAAAAACAUACAUUUGAUAACUUGCUUCAUCUUCACUCCCUUUCUCUUGAGAACAACAGAAUCACUUCAUUGAGUGGUUUACUAAAAGCUGUUACUCUGGUUGAAUUAUACAUAAGCAAUAACUAUAUUGCUCUCAAUCAGGAGAUCUACAAUUUAAAGGGUUUAUGCAACCUGGUCAUUCUUGACAUGUAUGGAAAUAUUAUUGUAUGGAAUCAAGAAAACUACCGGUUGUUUGUAAUAUUUCAUCUUCCAGAACUGAAAGCUUUGGAUGGAAUCUCAAUUGAACCACCAGAGACUGAGUGUGCAAAAGAUUUGUUUGGUGGCAGACUUACUUCUGACAUGAUUGCAGAACGACAAGGACAUUCAAACUUCACCCAAAUGCAAGAACUAAAUUGGACUUCAUCAUCCAUCAGAACUGUGGAUUUGAUUCCAGUUGACCAAUUUAGAAAUGUAUGUAAUGUGAAUCUACAAAACAAUAAUCUUACCUCAUUCAGUGGAUUAAUCUAUCUGCCUAAUGUGAAGGUCUUAUGCCUCAAUUAUAAUCAUAUUGAAUCCAUCAUGCCCAGAGUAAAACCUCAGACUCACUUGACCAACAGACAGCUACUCCACCAGAAAGUGCCUUCAAGUGGCUACGGACAACAAGGAACUUCAAAAAUAAACAGAGAUACAAUGAGCAGUGAAAAUCUGCCUCCAAUAAUGCACAGUUUAGAAGUGCUUCAUUUGGGCUACAAUGGAAUUUGUAAUUUAAUUCAGCUACAGCUUAACAGACUAAGAAAUUUAAAAUUCCUCUUUCUACAGGGGAAUGAAAUCAGUCAAAUUGAAGGGCUUGACAAUUUAGUAGUCCUUCAGGAAUUGGUAGUGGACCAUAACCGCAUCAGAGCAUUUAAUGAUAGUGCCUUUGCCAAACCAAGCUCUCUGUUGGCACUUCACCUGGAAGAAAACAGACUACGAGAGCUGAGCAAAUUACAACCUUUGGUAAAACUAGAGAAACUCUUCCUAGGAUAUAAUAAAAUCCAGGAUAUGGCAGAACUGGAAAAACUUGAUGGUAUCUCUUCUCUCAGAGAGCUUACAGUUUAUGGCAAUCCAAUUUGCAGAAAAACACUACAUCGCCACAUGCUCAUAUUUCGGCUGCCUAACUUACAGAUGUUAGAUGGAAUUCCUGUGAAUUCAGAUGAUAGAGCUAAAGCUGAAUUUCACUUCUCUGAACUACAAGCAAAGAAAACUUCAUUUAUUCCUGUUACCAGCUCUCCAAUGGAUGGUGGAUCAUUUGGCCAAGUGAAAGCACCUCCCAUAAAGAUAACAAAUGUAAUUCUGCCUGGUGCAUUUAGCCAUUACCUGGGAUCUGACUUCACUUUAACUCCUGAAGUUGAAGACAAAAAAAACAAGAAUGCAGGCAUUCUGACAAAUAAUCCUCGGAGCAUCCAUGCAGAAAUAGCUUUUCAGCAACUCAGAGGGAUAAAUCUCUCUCCAUCUCUUUUAUCACAUCAGAGUAUGGCGUCUCCAACUGCACAUAUGUACCAGAGCAACCCAGAUGAGGGAAGAAUUCCUGGCAGCCACUUUCCAGGAUCAAAUCAAAUGUAACUGCCUAGAGAAAUGAAUAUACACCAAGAAACCUAUUUCUGUUUAGUAGUUGUACAAAAACUAGUGGACAGUGUUGGUGAAAAAAAUAUCUAAGAUAAUCAUGUUACUUAUUUUACUGAAGCACUUCAGUUCCAUUUGAAGGUAAUCUCUAUCACUCUGGUUGAAUUUUAUUUAAUAUCACCUCUCUUAAACUUUCGUUAUGGUUAUCUUAUUCAUUUGAAUUUCUAUAUUAGAAAAAUCAUGAACCAUUAUAUCAUACAAUUUGAAAAGAUAGAAAUGACAUAAAACAAAGUCCAGAGAAUCAAAUAUUUAGUCCUGGUAUUGGAAGCAUUUAGUUACAAAAUCUUAUUAUGGCCUGUCAUGUGAAGAUACUAAGAAAAGAUAAUCUAGUAAAUAAGCAUAUUUUAUUUGUUGAGUAUCUAUUUAUUUGGAGUUACCUAAAACUAAAACAUACAUUUCUUAUUAAACACAACUAUUACUAAAGCAAGUUGAGCUUUGCACAUUGAACUACAAAUUAGUUUUUUUGGAGUAUAAUUGGAAAAAAAUCCUUAAACCAGAUCUGCCCUAAGAAUUGUUUAGCAAUGCAAAUUAUGGGCCUCAGUAGUACUUCCUGAAGGUGGCUGUCAGUGCAACCAGGCAUUCAUGCUCUAAGACUAAAAAAGUACUAUUUCAAAUACAAAAUUUGUUAAUUGUACCCAUAGUAAUAUAAUUUUACAAGCAGUUUUAGGCUAAAAAAGAACACAUGUUCAAACUGAGUGGACACAUUUAAAUUUGAAACCCUUAAUAAUUAUUUCACUGAAAAUAAUUACGCUGCAUAGUACUAGGACAGAUCACAAAUAAAUCAAAUAUGGUUUUGAAUUUCAUUGUUUUAUUAAACACAGUUCUUUAAAUUAAUGACUAACUAGCCAACCAUAUUUUUAUAUAAGUGGGCUCUAUGAUUCAUGAGCCCAUUUUCCAAGUAUUGGUUCAACACUGCAUGUAGUUUUCAUACUAUUUUAGAUGUUCCUUACAUGAAAAUAAAUUUUUACUAAAAUAUUUGUAUUUUGUAAUCUAUCUGGAAAUAGGCUUAAAGAUAUUUUGGAAACUAAUUCCAAUGUGUAUGCAACAAUUUGUAUC